CCUCCGUCUCACACUUUGCGCUCUGAGGCCCCCUGGAUGCGUCACCAUCCGCUGACGCCGGAGGACAAGCGCGCGGAGACCCGGAGCAGCGCACUUGGCCAUCGCCGUGCAAACAGAAGGGAACGGUUUACUCCGGACCGAGGGGUAAGGGAGCGACGUUCCGGCCGGCAGCGCGCAGACAUUCGACACCCCCACGGCGAUCACAACAGCAGGAAUACUGCAGCAUCUGUUUACCUGUCAGCCUACUCUGUGUGUGAUUCGCAUGUGUCACCGUAUGAGUGGCUGACAGGCUUCAAUCGCGCCAAACACAGCCCCCCCCCCCCGGUCUGGCAGAGAGCGUGCGGACGUGUCCGCGUACCUGUCCGCGUCUCCGUGAGCAUGAGAAGCGCACGCAUGCGGUGCUGCGUGCGCGUGACCCUCCUCCUCCUCCUCCUCCCCCCCUGUGCUAUUUCUCAGCUGUCUGUGGAAACUGACAACUACACGGAAUGCACAGAUGGAUACCAGUGGGACGCACAGGCUCGACAUUGUCGAGACAUUAAUGAGUGUGAGACCUUUCCGGAAGCCUGCAAAGGCGAGAUGAAGUGCUUCAAUCACCAUGGUGGCUACCUGUGCCUCCCUCGCUCCGCCUCUGUCAUCACCGCCCCUGAGCAUCCCGGCCUGCUGGAGCUUAACCAGGCGGAGCUCGGCCAAUCAGAGCGUGGGCAUUCUGAGCUCGGCCAAUCCCAGUCCAGUCGACCGGAGGCAAACCAAUCACAAGCAAGCCUUCCUAUGCACCCCAGUGAGGCCUUCAAUCCCUGCCCUGUGGGGUACAUGGCUCAAGGGGAAAGCUGUGUUGAUGUGGACGAGUGUGAGACUGGCCUCCACACCUGCCUGCCCAGCCAGGAGUGCGUCAACACCCAUGGCACCUACAACUGUCACUGUCCCGACGGCUACAGCAAGAUCGGCGUCGAAUGUGUCGACAUCGAUGAAUGCCGCUACAGAUACUGCCAGCAUGGAUGCAUCAACAUGCCUGGAUCCUUCGCCUGUCAGUGUGAGCCUGGCUUUCAGCUGGCAGGCAACAACCGGUCCUGUACAGAUGUAAAUGAGUGUGAGAUGGGCACCCCCUGCCAGCAAAGGUGCUACAACACGUACGGCUCUUUCCUGUGCCGCUGCGAGCAGGGUUAUGAGCUGGGGCCAGACGGUAUUUCCUGUAACGACAUCGAUGAGUGCAGUUACUCCACCUACCUCUGCCAGUACCGGUGCAUGAAUGAGCCCGGAAAGUUCUCCUGCGUGUGUCCCGAAGGCUACCAGCUACUGGGGACGCGUCUCUGCCAAGACGUGGACGAGUGUGAGACAGGCUCGCACGACUGUGCCGACGGGCAUACCUGCGUGAACGUCCACGGGGGCUACCACUGUGUGGACACCAACCGUUGCCAGGAGCCCUACGUGCAAGUCACUGACAACCGCUGUGUCUGCCCCGUCGUCAAGCCCGGUUGCCGGGAGCUGCCAUUCUCCAUCGUGCAUCGCUACAUGAGCGUGGUGUCUGAGCGCUCGGUCCCGUCGGACAUCUUCCAUGUCCAGGCCACCAGCGUCUACCCCGGGGCCUACAACACCUUCCGCAUCCGCUCUGGGGACGCUAAUGACAACUUCUACAUCCGGCAAAUCAACAACAUCAGCGCCAUGCUGGUUCUGGCUCGGUCAGUCACCGGACCCAAGGAGUACGUCCUGGAUUUGGAGAUGGUGUCCGUCAAUCCCCUGAUGAGCUACCAGAGCAGCUCCGUCCUGCGCUUGACCGUGUUCGUGGGGCCCCACGCCUUCUGAAGACGUGGGUGGGGGGGGGAUGUGAGAUAAUCGGGAGGAUUCCCGGCAAGUUGGGACAAAUGAUGGAGGAGGAAGAAGAACCGACUUCGCAUCAGAGUACAAGCUGUACUAAUAAUUAUUAUAAAGUAGGAACUGGAGAGAAAUGCAAGCUCAGACUUUUUUAGCGAGAUGUUCUGAUGUACAGAUAAAAGAUUGUAUUUCGGUUAAAAGGCAAAAGAAAGUGAAAUUCACAGAUCUGCUAACUGUGGGCUUCAAACCGAAUAAGCGCUGUGUGGUCAGCGUCCUCGUUUGGCCUUGUCAAAUCCAGAAACUCGCUCGUUGCGACGCACCGAAGACUCCGUCGGUGAGUCAAGCCAUUUGAGAGACGGAAAAACAUUAGGCAGGUGACCCAGGACUAGCAUCCAGUCCUGAUGAAGACCAAAACCAGCCCCCAACUCAACCCACUGCCGAUUCCCCUUAGAGAAUGGAACACAGUCUCUGACAGGACUAUGGUCGCUCCAUCCCCAUCCUAUUCCCUUUUUCUAGCCUCUUUUGUGGCUCUCUGUGGUUUACAUAAUGGGCCCCUCUCUCACCCAUCCAUGGACCUAAUAACCUUCUGGUAACUAGUGCCCCAUUUGCAGAGGCAUAGAGAGUUGGACAGCAAUGGCUGUUGAGAAACAGAGGCCCGCCAUUUUUUCACGCCCUCUCAUUAAUAACCCAGGAAAAAUACACCUUUGUACAAUUUAUAACACAAAGUAUGUCACUUUGGAGAUGUGACCGUUCAAAAAGACAUAAAGGGCUAAAUCCAAACUGAAUUAAAUGUAUAUAUUACACAGGGAUCCAUCAGCAAAGGGGUCCUCUGGAUCAGGCAGGAGAUGAAAUCAUCAACAGGGCGGCCAUGUUCAAAAUGGGCAUUAUGCUUUAUGCUGGCAAAAAGCCCCAUUCCCACCUUCUCAAAUUACUCCAAAUCGAAUUUGCAGUUUAAUUUUUUAGUUCUAUGUAUUGUUUGUAAUUGCGGUGUAUCUGUUAAAGAUUUUGUACUUUUGUUAGAAAUUAGUGAUGAAAUUAAA